UGGAUUUAUGUAAGAGCUAUGUGCGUUUUAUUGGUAGAAAAAAUGGCUUUUGGCGUUAUAGUGAUUUCCAAUAGGUCAAUUGGCGAGACGGCUAUAGGCAUACUGUUAGCGGUAUGUGGGAUAAAGAACAGAUGCCCGCCGAUAGCAAUCAGGUUUUGACAACCUUGCACGCCACGCACAUCCUGAAACGGGUCAUCAGUGCCGGAUACAUGCUUCAGCUUGCAACGUGGGAUAUUAUUCGUCGUUACUCAAGAAUAUCCGCAACUACUAUUAGAAAUAUGGAAAGGCUUGUAGACGAUUCUUCCAAUGGCAUGACCCUCUAUUAUAGUGUCCACACUGCCUUCGAUAAUCUGACAGUAUACUUUGAACAGGCGGAGGAGAACCUGUAGGCUUUCGUUCUCGCAAUGCCUCAUAUUAAUCAGCGCUCCAGCGAGACAACGAGUACAUAGCCAAGAAAGUUGGCGACAAAAUCAAUACACCCCGAGUUC